CCUGUAUGUACGAGUACGACUGUGUUGUUUCCCACAUUUGCAACUUUUAAGUGACGUCAUUUCCUAGUUAAUGCCAAACGUGGCUGCCGCAUUAAAAAGGAGUGGCUGUUACAUUGUAGAGCUGUCAAAGUAGUUUGAUUUCUUGAUCAAAUGCGAAGACUGUUUAUUUUUCUGAUAUUUUGUUAGUGAUAGUUAGAAAUAAUAAAUUAUAUACGAUAACUAGUAAUUUUAAAAGAUGUCGUCUUCAGGCGAUUUUGGAAAUCCAUUAAGGAAGUUUAAACUUGUCUUUCUUGGCGAACAAAGUGUGGGAAAAACAUCUCUUAUCACUCGCUUUAUGUAUGACAGUUUUGACAACACUUAUCAGGCUACAAUAGGUAUAGAUUUUUUAAGUAAAACUAUGUACUUGGAGGAUAGAACUGUUAGAUUACAAUUGUGGGAUACUGCAGGACAAGAGCGUUUCCGAUCUUUAAUUCCUAGUUACAUUAGAGACUCUACAGUGGCAGUUGUAGUGUAUGAUAUCACAAAUGCAAAUUCUUUUCAUCAAACUUCAAAAUGGAUUGAUGAUGUCAGAACGGAACGAGGUAGUGACGUAAUAAUUAUGCUGGUUGGGAAUAAAACUGAUUUAAGUGAUAAACGACAAGUGUCCACUGAAGAAGGUGAAAGAAAGGCUAAAGAGUUAAAUGUAAUGUUCAUUGAGACUAGUGCUAAAGCAGGUUAUAAUGUUAAACAGUUAUUUAGAAGAGUAGCAGCAGCUUUACCUGGAAUGGAUUCCACUGAAAAUAAGCCUCCAGAAGACAUGCAAGAAGUAGUUCUCAAGGACACGCCAAUUGAACUGAAAUCGUCGGAGAGCAGUUGUGCAUGUUAAAUCUUCAACGGUCCUAGUGGUAUUACCACAAUCUAAUUUAAGAAAAUUUAAAGAGUAAAAUUUGUGUUAUAAAUUUUUUUUACAAAAGUAAUAAGUUUAAUGUUCUGUAGAGUCGAUAAUUUAUUUAAUGUUUCAAGGCACAUAAAUUGACAGCGUUUACAACGCACACAGUGAUUGUCAUUUUUAGUCUUUAUUUAUUUUCAUUCUUUGCAUUUUAUUUGUUUCAUUAUAUUAUAUUUAUUUAUUUAUAAGUCUUUUGCAUCAAUUUGCAAAUAUCAAUUAUUUCUUUUAAAGAAGCGUUAGCAAAAAAAAUGUUAAAUUAUUAUUCAACUGGUAUAUGAUAAAGAAAGAAAAAAAGACUUUAAUAGGAAUAUGUACUCCUCUUUGAAACAUAGCUACUUAAAUUCCCAGAUAUCCCGUUAGGUUGCGGUAACAUUGCAGUGUAAGUCUACUAACAUUUCACGGCAAAGUUGUCCCAAAACUGCAGCGAGUAAAGAAAUAUUUCCAUGUCAGAAAGAUUACAUACUGUUAAAGAUUGGCACGAGCAGUGCAAAGUUAUGACAAGCUUGUGGAAAGAUUAAUUAAAAAUGUUUGAAUUUAAUAGAAAUUUCUUUUGUUUUAUAAUAGGAAGGCAAUAUGAAAAGUAUUAUUGCGUUUCAAGUACCACCUCUAGAUGCCAUAUAUAAAUUAACUGCACAAAGUUUUAAUCAAAUAUUUUGGAAAUUGUACGCAAUUUUACUGCAUUCUUGCAGCAACCUUCUCUGCAAGAUUUGCAAGCUUCCACGCCGAUAUUGCCACAAUCUAUCGUGCUAUCUGGAUUUCUAGUUUCAAAUAUUAUGAAAAACACUAUUUGUAUCACUGAGAAAAAAUCCUUUUGAAUUUAUAGCACGCUUAUUCAGAUACGUUCAGAAGCGCAAAUUUAAUUUAUUUAAUGUGAUAUUUAGAUAAUUUUCAAUCGAAGGAAUUAGUUUUUGCUCCAACAGUAAUACUAUAAAAUCAAGUACAUAUAAUAUUACACGAAUUACAUUUGCUUUUGUACGUAUGUAAAUAUGCGUGCUACAAAUUCAAUAACAUUUUUUCUCAGUGUAAAAUGUAUAAAAAAGCGUGAUUACGUAAUUUUAGGUUCAGUUGGAAAAUCUAGAGAAAUUGUUUGUACGAGAAACUUUAAAAUGGAAUAAAAUUUGUGACAAAAGAAUUAUUUUAUAAAAAGUAAAAAUUAAGUGAAUAUGAAAAAAUAUCUUCAUUUCAGAGGUAUAACAGCUUACUGCAUGUGACUUAUUUAUUUCACUUGAAUAAAUAAUUUAUUUAUCUUA